AUGGAAAUUUGCCCCAUUUUUUUGCAUUUCGCGUUCAUUGAUUCGUUGCGUUUUCACCCUUGCUCCAUGCUACGACUGGUUACUUUUCUGCCUAAGCAUUUAAACCGGCCCAUCUCAAACCCGGGUUAUUGUGGGGCAAUUUCGUUUGGUCAGCUCUUGGAUAACUGUCCGUGCAAGCUUCAUCGUCAAAUAACAACAUGUACAUCGGUGAUGGCUGCCACUACAUCAACAACGAUCCCCUCUUCCGACGGUAACGACGUUGUGUUCCUUUGGUCUAGGCCAGUACUUCCCCCCAGAAAAGCGAACCAAAUCGCUUCCCCUCUGGCAACCCAGCACGCAAAGGGCCGGCACCGCCUGCCGCCCACGGGCCGAGUCACCAAACGAAGGACUCUUACAAAAGACGCUGAAAUCGUGUCAUCACGAAGUACGACGAUUCCCGAUUCCUGGAGAGGGAUAUUGAUCCUACUAGGCUACACCAGGUGUUCGACCAACCUCCCGGUGUACGGUUAUUUGGACAAGAGAGGCGUGUUUCGCCGUGGGCAGGAAACACCCCGGGCUGGUCACCUACUAGCUAUCGAUCAUGAACGUGUCGAGUAUAUCCAAUGCUUCCAAGAUAUGACUUCACGACAAGUGAGGGACAUGUGGCUUCAGAAGUUUGACCAGGCGAGGCGCAAAACAUUGUCGUCUGGUGAGAUUUGAGGGCCGUCGCAAAUCCCGGCCGCGGUUCUAGAUUAUAGCAGUAACUGGCAUCUACCCACCAUUAAGCACAUAUUCCCAGAAACGCAGGGGAUCUGCUUCUUGGUCUACAUCGCAACAUCGUGACC